ACAUCUCAAUGAACACUCACACGGGAUAGAAUAGAGAGAAGAAAAAAAAUAUACUUUUAUUUUGUUUUCCAAAACUCAUCAUCCGUUAAGUUUCUAAAACGCAGUAUGAGAUUCCAUAAAGUGAUAGCCAGUAUGAGAAGAAAAAAAAAAAUAAUAAUUUGCCUGCCCCACCAAAUACCGAGGGACCGGUUUUGGUGACGUCAUUAUUUUUAUAGACAGCAAUAUUCUACACGAUCUAUUGUUCAAAUUACUCUAAGCUUUAAUAACUGGGUGAAAAGCCACAGAUGAAAAUGAUUUUUAAGACAAUGUGCAUGUAGAAUACAUUAGCUAAUACAAAAUGUUACAUCAGAGGAGUACCUUAAAGUUUGUUCAGCUGCUGCUUAUUUUGGCUCUCAUCACCCACUGCAAAGCUGUGGAAAAUCGUUCAGUGAUACUUAUUUCAACAACUUUAAGGGAAAACUUAUCUGAAGUACAAGAUAUAUCUAACACUAUUGAUAGUGAAACCAAUGAUGAUAGUUGCAAUGAUGCAACACUCCAUAAAUGUGGAAGCAGUUUAGUUGGAGUUUUUAGGCUUCUAAACUAUAUACCUUGGGAAAAAUCUUUUGAAACAAAGUGUGCUCUGAGAAAGAACUUCUUUGCUUGCAUGAAAAAAGAAUCAACACCUUGUAAGAAAAACCAUUGGAGACUGAAUCAACCAGGUUUUAGAAAAAAAUUAGCUCGAAGUCUUUGGGCAACACGGGGCUGUGUACUAGGAAUAAAAUCUGCUAUGAAUACUCACUUCUGAUUGGGCACCACAGAUUGCACUAUUAAUGGUUUUAUUAAUAAACAAAAUGGUUUUAAGAAAAA